CUUCCCUGGAAUGCCAAGUCGAAAUUUGUCCAUCCAUCUAAUUUAUAUUUCUACAACUGUUCGUGAGUUACCGUUUCUUAACCAUCAAUAACUUCUCUUUCUUUCAAAUUCAAACUCGCAGGCAAACCCUUUAAAUAUUCUUCACAAUUUCUAAACUCUCUCUCUUAUCUGUUGAAAAAAAAAAAAUGGAGCAAUCUGAAGAAGCACCCGGGAUCAAAGUCUAUACAGCAACCCCACCAGAAGGCUCCACUCCGAAAUCCAAUAACAAUCCGACCACUCUCCCUGUAUAUGGAAAUAAGAGACGAGCAGUGGCGAAAGGAGUGCAAAAAACCAUUUCCAAAACCUCCAUGCUCGUAAACUUUCUCCCCACAGGCACCCUUUUAACCUUUGAAAUGGUCCUCCCUUCAGUUUACAGCAACGGUGACUGUUCUCCGGUCAGCACUCUCAUGCUUCACGUCCUUCUCGGCCUCUGCGCUCUUUCUUGCUUCUUCUUUCACUUCACCGACAGUUUCCGGGGCCCGAACGGGAAAGUAUACUAUGGAUUCGUGACACCGAAGGGGCUGGCGGUGUUCAAGCCCGGCCUGGAAGUUGAAGUUCCGAAAGAGGAGAGAUUCAAAUUGGGGUUGAAUGAUUUUGUUCAUGCGGUGAUGUCGGUGAUGGUGUUUGUGGCCAUAGCGUUUUCGGAUCGUAGAGUUACGAGGUGUCUGUUUCCGGGACAUGAGAAGGAGAUGGAUCAAGUUAUGGAGAGUUUUCCAUUGAUGGUGGGGAUUGUUUGCUGUGGCCUGUUUCUUGUGUUUCCCAAUACUAGGUAUGGAAUUGGUUGCAUGGCUUCAUGAAGAUUGAAGAGGGCAAUUAACUAUUUGUAUUAAUAAUGUGAUUCAAAUCACUUGCUGCUUUGGCCAAGGUUAAUGUCAUAAUAUGUAUGAUUUAACUAUUUGUUUCCUGCUUUUCUAAGAAAUGUAAUUUUUAUUAAUUUAUGA